GCCAUUGGGACCGGAAGUGCCUGUCAGUCCCUGCAGUAAGCACUGAGUUGGUAGGCUCGGUAUGAAGCUGCCGCCUGAGGAAAUGUGUGACCGCGGGAGCCAGAGCUCAGUGCCCAAGCUGCAGGGGAUGGACUUCUGGAAGCAGAGUCUCCGGGGAGCUCGAUAUGUGCUGGCUCCUAUGGUGGAUCAAAGUGAGCUGGCCUGGCGACUCUUCAGCCGUCGGCAUGGGGCCCAGCUUUGUUACACUCCAAUGCUACAUGCCCAGGUGUUUGUGCGUGAUGCCAACUACCGCAAGGAUAACCUGUACUGUGAGCUGUGCGCUGAAGAUCGGCCUUUGAUUGUUCAGUUUUGUGCAAAUGACCCUGAGGUGUUUGUUCAAGCAGCGUCGCUGGCUCAGGAUUACUGUGAUGCAAUUGAUUUAAAUUUGGGUUGCCCACAAAUGAUUGCAAAAAGAGGUCAUUAUGGAGCUUUCUUACAGGAUGAAUGGGAUCUACUGGAAAGGAUGGUUCAGCUGGCACACGAGAAACUGUCUGUCCCCAUUACGUGCAAAAUCCGAGUUUUUCCUGAAAUUGAUAAAACUGUGAAGUAUGCAAAGAUGUUGGAGAAAGCCGGUUGUCAGUUGCUCACAGUCCAUGGCCGUACAAAAGAGCAAAAAGGUCCUCUAACUGCUGUAGCUUCCUGGGAGCAUAUCAAAGCCGUUAGGAAUGCUGUUAAUAUCCCUGUUUUUGCAAAUGGAAAUAUCCAGUGCCUUGAUGAUGUGGAAAGGUGUAUUAAGGAGACAGGAGUGCAUGGAGUGAUGAGUGCAGCCCUGUUAGAAGUGUCUCACCACCUCCAGACAGGCUAUUUCUCUAGCUUCCAACACUUGUUGAAGUGUGCAAAGAAGACCACGUGCUCAGAGGAAGCACGCCAAAAAAGUGGGCGGGAGCGCCGGCAAAAUGAACUAGUAGUGGGGCCUAUCAAAGCCAAAAACGGCAGGCACCACAAGUAUGAUUUUUAG